AUGAUACAUUCGAAUAGCAAAUUCCUAUCCACAUAUUCAAUUACUAGAAUUAUUGCUCGAUUUUUUCAGCAAUUUAAUUAAACCAUUAUAAACGUCUACCACGAUCCGAAAUUUUGAUUCAAAUUAAUGAAAAGGCGCCAAUUUUUUUGCCAUUUCUUAAUAAUCAAACAAUGCAUAUACUUGAUUCAUAUGAAAAUUCUCUACCAAAGAUCAUAAACCAUCAAUCAAUCGAUCCAAUUCCCAAUACUAAAUAUAAACGAUUGAUUUGUUCAAAGGUAUUCGAAAAUAAAAGUAAAUGUUUGAAUGGAGAACAACCCGAAGUAUUUGCGUUUGAUCAAAUUAUUUCUCGUCAUAACUGUUCAUUUCAAUUUGAACUUCUAGAUGAUUUAAUUAUACUUUUUAAAGCAAAUAAUCAUCAUAUACUUUAUCGGAUAAAUCCAAGAUUUUAUGAUGAAUUACAACCGAAUAGUUUUGUUGAAGAAGUUGCCAAUCGUAUUGACAGCAAUGUUCGUCUACAGAAAGUGAUUCGUUGUCAAUUUUAUCCAUAUGAUCUUGGACUAUAUUCAUCUUUGACUCAUGAUCGUCUAAGCAUAUUCGAUACAGUUCGACAGGAGCUUGUUCAGACAUUACCAAAUAGACAAAUGACAUAUACAAAGAAAUUCUACCAAAUGGAUUGGAAUCCAUUAACUUAUGUGUCGAUUGCACUGGCCUGUGAUAAUUCCGAAGCAUUAAUAUUUGACCAUAGAACGGAUCAUACAUCGCUCUCAUUAAUCGUAAAUGAUCCAUGUACAAAAAAUAAUGAAUCAACCAGAUGUCAAGUGGUUUAUUGGUCCCCACAAGAUGAAAACGGUUUGUUUAUAGGCACCAGAGCCGGUUCCAUCAUCAUGUAUGAUAUUCGUCAAUCAAGAAAGCCUUUAGCGGCACAUUUAUCUUCACAUUUAUAUAGACAUCCAGUUGCUCAUAUUUCAAUGUCGCCGGAUCAUCGAAACAUAAUAACAAUACAUCCAACCUAUGCAGAUAGGAAUAUAUUUCGAUGGAAAAUCAAGCCGAAUAUAAUGAAUAGAAAUCAAUUUCUUAAAGAAAUGCCGCUUUUUGUCAUCAAAAGGCUUUCACAUUCAAAUGUUCGUAAUUCAUUCAAUGAUUCAUCGUUUAGGAAAAAUGAACGUCACAAAUUGGAAGAUAUUCAUUUCGAACAUAUGCAGCCAUACAUAACAAAUGAAUAUGCUUCUUUAUUCAGUCGAACCAUUAAUGGACAGAUAAACAACUUGAACUAUGCAUUUGAAGAGUCAAAAAAAUAUGAUGACGAAUCAGUUCUUUCACGAAAUACACAUUUUUGCCCAAAGAAGUUGUCAUUAUCAUCCACUGAUGAUGAUUUUGAUCAUCAUCCUCGCUCAACAUUAUUUUAUGGUUAUGGAUCCACAAAUAAGGGCGAUGAACCGAUUCCAGCCAUAUUCUACAAAGCAAACAAAGUAUUUUUAGUGAGACGUUUACGAUUUACAAACGAUGAAACCGAUAUACAACAAAAUUUUAGAAAAAUUCAGUCUUUUGAAAGCGAAGAUAGAUGGUCAUCAAGCAGUGAUUCCGAAUAAUUUAUUGUGAUAAACAGUAUCAUCAACAAUAUUUAAUGAAUUAAAUAAUGAAUAAAAAAUUAUAAACAAAAAAUUCGAGAGUU